CAGCCUGAGGUACGGGACGAACUCCGUGAGUACGCCAGCUUGAAAUACUGAGCAAGCUCAAACUCUUAGUCACUUUCGAAGCUGCACGCCAAACUCAGUUGUUGCUAUUGUUUUAGAGGAAAAGCGCUAUUUAGAUGCUAAAUAAAUAUUGCGCUGUGCAGAGUAGAGACCUUAGGGCCAUUGCGGUUGAGCUCAUCCAGCUGCCAAAGCAGAUUUUUUUUUCUUUAUGUGUGUUUAUUCACGUGGAGAGGACGAGGGAUGCCUCUGCUAUGAGUUUCACACAGCUGGGCUCAAAGAAAUCAGACGUGGGAUCUCAGAAGAGGCUCUAGCUCUAAACAGAGGUAAAGCCAAGAGCAUAACUGAGAUCACUAGAUCCUAAGUGAUUAAUGGUUUUAAAAAUGGUUUUUAGCACUUUAAACUCUGCAGAGGAGCAGUUUUCCUGAACGGUUCGCAAAGAGCCUGGCUACAAGCUUUAUAUGUUGCUAUUUUUCUUGGCAUUUGCACAGUUUUCCUUAUCCUCUCGCUAUGAGGUCUUGGUGACCUUAGCAAUUGCCAGCAAGAGGACUCCAUAUGAUGAAAGCAGGUGAAAGGGAAAAUAAGGGCGGGAACUAGGUAAGGCCAAUUCAUAGCUCAGAGGAGGUGUGGUCCGGUUAUGUACCUGGCCGCGCUCGCAGUCUUGUGAAAUAUAAAAGGGGAAGUUUCUCAAGUAAUUCACUGCCAGGAUCCUGCAGCGAGAAGGAAGGGAGGCGCUGGGAGAAAUGCAGAGUGAGAAGGCUGAAGGAUCAGCUGCGAAAGCUUCAGAAGGCGUCAGUGGGGCUGAGCGUGGGGCCACGGCCGGCCCUGCUCUGUAGGGCCGGUCCCAGGCGGUAGCCCCGCUCCCUUGCCCAGCAGGCUGGCUUGGAAGGAGAAAGGAGCCAUCAUGUCCCACAGAGGGGCAGCAGCACGUGAAGCCAGCAAGCCCCAGGACCGGGGCUGGGCCUGGAUGGUCCUGCUUGCCGCGGUGCUGCUGCAAGGACUGACUCUGGGCUUCCCCUCCUGCAUUGGUGUCUUCUUCACGGACCUUCAGCAUGAAUUCCAGGCCACCAACAGCGAGACGUCAUGGUUCCCCUCCAUCAUGGUGGCUGUGCUGCACGCUGGCGGGCCCCUCUGCAGCCUCUUGGUUAAGCGAUUUGGCUGCAGGUUUGCUGUGAUGCUGGGAGGCCUGCUCAGCGGAGUGGGCAUGGUGUCCAGCUCCUUCUGCAAGUCCCUCAGCCAGCUUUACUUAACAGCCGGCUUCAUCACUGGUCUGGGAUCGUGCUUCAGCUUCCAGGCAGGAGUGACUGUGUUGGGCUACUACUUUGUGCGGUGGCGAACCUUGGCCAAUGCCAUGGCGUCCACUGGCGUCUCCCUCGGUUUCACGCUGUGGCCGCUGCUUUCUCAGUACUUGCUGGAUGAGAUGGGCUGGAGAAACACUUUUCUCCUCUUUGGAGGAAUACUACUCAACUGCUGCGUUUGUGGAGCCAUUAUGAGACCUGUCCAGCUUGCGUCCCGACCAGUACUACAGCCAGCCAGGCCUGGAGAGGAGCCAGGGAGAGAAGCAGAAGAGGCACAGCUAGCCAAUGGAGCAUCUUCUCCCCACCCCGAGGUCCCGCAGCAAGCCAGGAGGCCUGCAUGCCUCCAGAUGUUGCACAAGUACCUGGCUUUUGACAUCUUCUGCCAAAACAAAGGUUACCAGAUUUAUACUAUUGGAGUGACCUGGAUGAUGAUGGGGUUUGCAUUACCCCACAUCUACCUCGUGCCUUAUGCCAUCCACAGUGGGCUGGAGGAACGCAGGGCAGCUCUCCUCAUCUCCGUUAUCGGGUUCAUCAACAUCUUCAUACGCCCUUUCACAGGGCUGCUCUCGGGACUCAGCGUCUUCACAGGGAGACGUAUCUAUCUGUUCAGCCUGGCUGUACUCCUCUGCGGGCUGAGCAAUUUCAUCUGUGUCCUUUCAGCCAAGUUCAGCGCACUCAUCAUCUACUGCGUCAUCCUCAGCAUAGCCAUGAGCGGCAUCGGGGCACUCACCUUCCAGGUGCUGAUGGACGUGGUGGAGAUGGACAGGUUCUCAAGCGCGUUGGGGCUCUUCACUGUCCUGGAAAGUAUCACUCUCCUCAUUGGACCGCCUCUCACAGGUCUCCUGGUGGACAUAACCAAUGAUUUCCACUGUGUCUUCUACACCUCCAGUUUUUUCCUGAUAUCGGCUUCAUUAUUCAUGGUGCUCAGCUUCUGUGCCCUGGAAAGAAAAAGCAAACUGAAAGAGGCCUCCAAAGUACCUUCUUUGGAUCAUCCCUCCAGAUAUCAAUACAGUGAAAUACUAACUGAAUCACAGUCUGAAAGACAACCUCUUCCGGCAGUCAUCUACAUCACGAGCAUAUGAAAAGAAAAAAAAAACAAAACCAAAAAAAACAAAAAGAGAGAGGAACCCAAACAAUUAUGUGGCCAGUACAAAGCUACACAAGGCCCAGCACUGAUGGUAGAUGAGAAGACUGACUGCUUUCCACGAUUACCAUCUCCCUUCUGUCCUGCACUUCCACUCAGCGGGGCCACAUUGGACUCCAUGGGAGCAAUCCACAUCAAAGGCUGAGCCCCAUAGGCAGCAUCAGCCAAGGAACAGACAGAAUUAUGCCUUCCUAAAGCAAACCAUGGGAUAGUGACCAUGGGAGCUGGUUCAGAGACACAAAAGCUAAGCCCAUUCCAGUGGUUUAAGUCAGUGUCUUUAAGAGGCCCCUGGAAUUUCCUCUACACAUCUCAGUUGCUAACACUGGCAAAUACAUAUUAAUGGCUAUGCACAAGGCUGAUCUUUUCACAAACAGGUAUCACUUGGGCCUGGAAAAGGUCAUCAUUACUGGCUGGCCUAGUCAGAACGUGUCAUUUUGGGGCAGGGGAAGGAAAAGACAAACGCUUCCCACAGGAAGGCUGUUGUUAUUCCCUGUACCUCUAAAUAGCACACGAAGGCUGCGGUAUGGGUUGCCGAACUCAGGCAAGCCUCUAGCCAGAUCAAAUAUUCUUUCCUACAAGGUAUGCUUGAUUUCUUCAUUUCGCGGACACUUCCAAAGACCCAAAGGUUCAACUCCAAAGCAUCAACACCAAAAAACCCCCAAUCCUAGAGUGUCUGUUUUUUAU